AUGAAUCACUCAGAAGUUAGGAUAUGUCUGAAAUGUAAAAAGGAGAGACUGGAUGAUGAAACAGAGGAAGCAAGGAAGUUCAAGACGUGCACCAGCUGUCGUAGCUAUAUUCAGCAGUCUACGAAAAAGCGUCAAAAACAGAUUCAAGAAAGUUUCAAUAGUGGACUUCGGUUAUGUAUCAGAUGUGGGAAGGGGAGAUCAGACGAUGAAUCAGAGGAAACAAGGAAGUUCAAAAUGUGCUCCAGCUGCCGUACCAAACAUACUCUGUAUCGGAAAACGCGUCUCAGAAAGAUUAAGGAGAGAGUCAAUAGUGGACUUCGGAUAUGUACCAGACGUAGGAAGGCAAAGACGGAUGAUGAGGCAGAUGAAACUGGGGAGUCCAAAUUAUGCUCCAGCUGUCGUCACCAUGUUUACCAGUAUACGCAAAAGAGCCAAAGAAAGAUAAAGGAGAGUUCCAAUAGUGAAGUUAGGUUAUGUACCAGAUGUGGAAAGACGAGACCUGACAAUGAACCAGAAGCUAACCGAAAGUUUGGGUAUUGCUCACCGUGUCGCCGCACUUACCGCCAGAAAGCGAAAGAAAUCCAAAGAGAAAUUACAGAGACUUCAAUUAAUGGAAUCAGCUUAUGUACAAGGUGUGGAAAGGAGAGACCAGAUCAUGAACCAGAGGAAUCCAGAAAGUUCAUGAAUUGCUUGGUGUGUCGUCUGGCUGAUCGUCAACGCAAAAACGGGAUUGGAAAGAAGACUCUGUUUUGGGUCACACUACCUUAUCCCAACGACAUCCAAUUACUCAAUUCUGAUACUCAAUCGAAUAUAGAGUCAGCCGGUCGAAAUAAGUCCCUGUUUUGGGUCACACUAACCUAUCCCAAACGAGUCCAAUUACUCAGUGCUGAUACUCAAUUGAGUAUAGAGUCAGGUGUUAGAGAUGCUACAUCCGAUAGUUCCCCUGUUCAAUCACCUUCCAGGAUUGCACAAAACCAAAAUUUCACCAUACAGUCUCCAAGCACCGAUAAUGAGCAAACGUACCCCCUUUCUCUGGAGUCAGGGGAGAUUUCACUCGAUCAAGAGAUAGCAGAUAUUCAACCACAGCACGCGAUGCUCGAAAGCAAUCGAAUUGCAAGAGCCAUGAGAGAUCCGAACAAUUUGUUGGCUUAUUACUGUAUCGAGCGGGAAGUGGAAGUCAUCUCAUGCGGUGAGGGUGAAGAUAGCGAGAUCUCCGAGGAAACUGAGAUGACCAAUUUCUCCUCUUCAGAUUUCCUUGAAACAUUGAAGCCAAAUCCUGAAUUACAAUCCCAAUAUCAAAAGUAUUUAGCGAUUGAUGAUAUUAUGGGCUUUCUGGAGCGUUAUAUAUCAGACACGAUGGACAAGUAUGAUAUUAUUAAAAUGAUCGUUGCUUUGGGAUAUCCCAAGGAGAAGAUAAGGAAUUAUAAACAUCUCACGGCGACUGAUAUUCUUGAAGUGUUAAUUGAUUUGAUUAAUGAAGAUGUUUUGCAAGAGGGUAAUGUAUCAGGAGAGCAAACGAGUUAA